AAAGAGAGAGAAAGGAGGCGUAGGAAAAGGUCAGAAGAAUUGGAGCCCUCUGCUUGCCUCCUUUAGAUACUUAUGUUUAUCUUUAAAGAGUAGAUAUUUUGUAUCUCAAAGAAAAAGACAACCACUAUUUAAGUUGAUUAAUACCACUGCCAUUUGAUGGGAUUAUUGAUAAAAAAAAAAAAUGAUUGAAAUUGUGGUCAGCAGAGAGAAAGGCAAAAUCCAAAACAAAAUUCAUCCCCUUCUUCGUUUCUUUCCAUUUGCUUUGGCUGUCUUUUUUUUUUUUUUCUUUCCCUGUGUUGUUUCUUUUUGUUUUCCAGAAGAAGUCAGAAAGAAAGAGAGAUAUGGAUACGUAUCCUCUCUCGCUCCUCCAUCGGAUCAAAGAUUGCUUCCAUUCGGCCAUUUCUUCGCUCCUAGCCAACCUCUUCUCCGCUCUCUUCACCUUCGUCUUCGCUCUAGUGGGGACUUUGCUAGGAGCCUUUACAGGGGCUUUGAUCGGCCAAGAAACAGAGAGCGGUUUCAUCAGAGGAGCCGCCGUCGGUGCUAUUUCAGGUGCUGUCUUCUCCAUCGAUGUCCUUGAAUCUUCUCUCCUCCUCUGGCAAUCCGAUCAGUCUGGGAUUGCUUGCCUUCUCUACUUGAUUGAUGUCAUUGCUAGCCUUCUGAGCGGGAGGCUUGUUCGUGAGCGUAUUGGUCCUGCAAUGCUAAGUGCGGUCCAGAACCAGAUGGGAGCUGUGGAAUCGCAGUUCCCCAACCAAACCGACAUCUUCGACACUGCCAUUUCAAAUGGUCUCACCGGGGAUUCUCUGGACAGGAUCCCAAAGGUCCGAAUCACAGACACCUCAGGGGAGAUGGUCUCUUGCUCUGUCUGCCUUCAGGACUUUAAGGUGGGAGAGACUGUUAGAAUAUUGCCGCAGUGCCAUCAUACGUUCCACCUACCCUGCAUCGACAAGUGGCUAUGCAGGCAUGCCUCUUGUCCCUUGUGCAGAGGACAUCUUUGAAUUCAAAACCUCUGUUUCUCUUUCUCUUCUUUGUAUAUAGAGGCUCAUACACACACACACACAAUACUAGUGUUCCUUGAUUACUUAGGUUACACGUUACAGAUUAUGAUGCAUUAAUCAUUGUCACUUACUGAUAUCUUUGAUUAUUUUAUGUCACAUCUUCUUGCCUUUGA